ACCUAACGGAAGUGAACCGAGAGUAGGCGAAGGCAACAUCGACAACGUCGUCCGUCGCUGUCCGUCGCGGACGGGGGAUGUCGCGCAUCUAUUUCCGAACACGUUGCACAAAUCGGGGUCGAAGGGGACUGCGGCUGCGGAUCGCUGGACGCUGGUUGACGAGAAAUGGCGUUGGCGAGGAGGAGCCGCGCGCCGUGAAGGCCGAUCGUGUCUGCUCGUGUCACCCUCGAUUGACAGUCGCGCUCCGAAUUUCCUGUUGAUUACGCGGAAGAGAAAGAGAGACAGGCGGACGGACGGACAGAGCAGACGAAGUGAGUGAGCGAGCAAGUGAGUGAGUGAGUGAGUGGAGUGAAUGUCAAAAGACCCAUCUCGCCCGAGCGUUCGCGAAAGAAGAAGGAAGGAGCUCAAGGGAAGAAAAAGGAAGAAAAAAGCGUGAUCUCGCGCGAUCGGAUCGGUCCCGUCCGUUUGUUCGUCCAUUCGUCCGUGCGUGCGUGUGCGACUCGCACGAGGUGGACGAGGUGAGUCCACGACGGGGGACUGGGGAGAGAGAGAGAGAGAGAACGACGACGACGCGCAGAUGAUGCGAUGAGACACCGCGCCGACCGCGCGUCGAGUCCCCGACGUCCCCGUUCGCCGAUCCUCGCGCAGCGAAACGACACGAGGCCGCUCGAGCGCGUCCGCCCGCGUUCCCCGCGCGACUCCACGGACGGUGUCGCACGCAGGAGGUUAUAAGCGGAGUUAUGCGCCUGACGUCCGACCCGACGACGUACGUCGAUCGCGGUGGACCGCUGCCGAGCUCGCCCACGACGCCUACCGCAGGUCCCGCAGGUCCGGCGAGUGGACGGCUUGAUGCCCCACGCUCGAAGACGCGCGCCCCUCUGCGCCCUUUAACGCCCUCGACGACGUCCCGUGCCCCGGGAUCCGUUUAACUGGCUGUGAAAAGUGCAACGUAACUGUAUCGAGUCCAAAGAGUAUAUAGGUAGAUAUAUAUAUAUAAAAACACGUCAAAAUGGAGAUCAAUCAAGAAACGGUCUACGGCACGCACGAGGAUAGCCAUGUUGUCAUGUCGGAGAAAGUGCAGUCUUUGGCAGGCAGCAUUUAUCAAGAGUUCGAGAAGAUGAUAGCGAGAUACGAUGAAGAUGUAGUGAAAGAUUUGAUGCCUCUCCUAGUCAAUGUGUUAGAAUGUUUGGAUAUAUCAUAUACUGAGAAUCAGGAACGUGAAGUCGAACUAGAGCUAUUAAGAGAAGAUAACGAGCAACUUGUCACCCAGUACGAAAGGGAGAAGCAAUUGAGAAAAGCAUCAGAUCAGAAACUUCUCGAACUAGAAGAUGUUUCCGAGGAUGAAAGGAAGGAGCUUCUGUCGAAGAUUGAUAGCUUAGAAUCUAUCGUAAGAAUGCUGGAACUGAAGACUAAGAACUCUCACGAUCACGUUGGUCGACUCGAGGAGAAGGAAGCUGAAUUGAAACGCGAGUAUUCCCGGCUGCACGACAGAUACACGGAAUUAUUUAAGACCCAUGUCGAUUACAUGGAGAGGACCAAAAUGCUGGUUGGUAGCACAGAAAGACUGGAGAGCGUGUCAUCUGCCACCCGUGCACCAUCGCGGUUACCUUCCCUUGGACUUGCUCAUAUGUCGCGUAGUUCCGGGCCGCUUAGUUACGGCUUUCAGAGUUUGGAAGCUAGCAUAAACGCCGAAGAUGUUCAAGAAGAUAUCGUACCAAAUGUCGCUAACUUGAGAACCGAAAUGUUGGAUAGUAGCAGUGAGGCCGCUAUCGAAACGUCCGACAAAAGCCAACUAACUGAUCAACCAGUACAAGAGAAUAAGACUACAACUAUAUCUAGACAUGAAAGUCCGGAAACGGAAGUACCGCCAACUUUAAUAACGCCAACGACGCCGACCGCGGGCAUAGAGAAGUUAGCAACUACGCCGGGAGGUAGAAGCAGGACCGAAAGAGAGCAACGAAGCGGCAAUACGUUGUAUCAAGAACUAAGUUUCCAAGACGCGGAUGCGCUAGGCGAGAUGGACGAAGGCGCAGAUAUCACCGGAAGUUUAGUACAUCCUGGAGAAUACGCUUCAUCAGUCAAUGACAACUUCUUCGGCAUGGGAAAAGAAGUAGAAAAUCUUAUUAUGGAAAACAAUGAAUUGCUAGCAACAAAAAACGCGCUUAACGUUGUCAAGGAUGAUCUAAUUGUCAAAGUGGAUGAAUUGACGAGUGAGCAAGAAAUAUUACGAGAGGAGGUUCGAGGUUUACAGCAGGCGCGUGAACGAUUGCGGCAACGAAUUGUCGCCCUCGAGGAAGAACUGAAGAAGGUCAAGGAAGAAGCAGAAGCGGCAGCUAAAGCGACGAAAAGCGACGACGAGGAGGAUGUACCUCUGUCUCAGAGGAAGCGAUUUACACGCGUGGAGAUGGCAAGAGUGCUCAUGGAACGAAAUCAAUAUAAGGAACGAUUUAUGGAGCUCCAAGAAGCUGUCAGGUGGACGGAGAUGAUAAGGGCUAGCAAGACCGAUCCUUCCAGCAUCUCGGGUGGAAAGGGUUCAGUGUGGAAGUUUUUUAGCAAUCUCUUCACAGGCCCAGCCGAUCGAGGGACGUUAGUGCGUUCCGGGCACACGUUGCCGCAUGUACGGUACAGUGCACCGGCGAAUCAGGUCGUUCCAGCACCGCCCCUGGAUGCCAUGCGUAGACGUACGUUGAAAAGUCGCCAAGACUUUCUCGACCAAGGAGACACCAUAGAUACCUGGUUUUUCUGGCUUCGGGUGGGGUGCUUAUUGGUCAGCAGAUCGUCCGAGAAGCUCGUAGCGAGACGCGCGAGCGAGCGAAGAGAACAAUAUCGUCAGGUGCGGGCGCACGUUAAAAAGGAGGACGGUCGUCUGCAAGCUUAUGGAUGGAGUUUACCGGGGAAGCCAAGCGCUCCCGUUAGACAACCACCCGUCCCAGUUCCGGUAUAUUGUCGACCGCUGCAAGAAACCGAGCCAGGCAUGAAGAUUUGGUGCGGCGCCGGUGUAAAUCUAAGCAGUGGUAAAACACGUGACGGCGGAUGCAUGGUCGGCGGAAGCGUGUUCUACGCGGCCGAGGCCCAGGAAACGAGCAACACGAAGGUGGAGGCUGAAGAUGCUGUUGAGCACCUGGACAAGGAGCUUCAGGAGAACGAGAACCGACGGCUCGAGGCGGAACGGUGGGAGCAACAGCUCAGCUCGCUCGUCUGGAUCUGCACCUCGACGCAGAAGAUGUCCAAGGUUACGGUGAUAGACGCGAACAAUCCGGCGGACGUUCUGGAGGUGUUCAACGUUUGUCAGGGACAUUUGCUCUGCAUCGCGAGCGUGCCUGGUGCCAAAGAAAGCGAUUACACGCAAUCCUCGAACGAGAAUUCAAUCCGCAAUUCGGCGAACGGCACGGCGAAUGACAGCGAGAACAACAACGGUGCCUGCGAGGAUGUCACGAAUGCGAACGAGAACGACGAGCAGAACGGCCAGAGGAAUCAUCAGGACGCCGAAACCGCUGUCGAUAAAAAUAAAAGCGAAUCUGACAAUCAGUCAGAGGAUCAGGCCAACGAAAAUACCGAAAAGUCUGCCGAGGAUCAAAACUCCACGAACGAGCCGCAAAGUCUGGAAAGUAUAGACAGCGAGACCGCAAACUUGGGAAAGGUAAAUUUCGUACGGUGCAAUGCUGAGGCGCAUCCUUCGCGAUCGAACGACAAAGAUGCCGCGAACGAGGAGGCGAAGGAGGAGAUCGUUGAAGUGACACCCAUCGAGAAGAUGUCGUCCAUACAACCGACCAUGUGGCUCGGAGCUCAAAACGGCGCGGUGUUUGUUCAUUCGGCCGUUGCUAAAUGGUCGAUGUGCCUGCACUCCGUGAAGCUGAGGGAUGCAGCGUUAGCUAUUGUACACGUGCAGGGCCGAGUUCUGGUCGCUUUAGCAGAUGGAACUGUAACGAUAUUCCGAAGAGGCGCGGACGGGCAAUGGGAUUUGUCUCAGUACCACGUGAUCACCCUCGGUAGCCCUCAACAUUCCAUUAGAUGCAUGACCGCGGUUAGCGGAAAAACAGUAUGGUGUGGAUACAGAAACAAGAUUCACGUGAUCGAUCCUAUUUCGAUGACGCUUGAGUGCACAGUGGACGCGCAUCCUCGCAGAGAAUCUCAAGUGCGGCAAUUGGCGUGGCUGGGUGACGGUGUGUGGGUCAGCAUCAGGCUCGAUUCGACGUUAAGACUCUAUCACGCUCACACGUACCAGCAUCUCCAAGACGUCGACAUAGAGCCGUACGUCAGCAAGAUGCUCGGCACGGGAAAACUUGGAUUCUCCUUCGUGCGCAUCACCGCUUUGCUCAUUUCCUCGAACAGGCUGUGGAUUGGCACUGGUAACGGAGUAAUAAUCUCAGUGCCGUUGUCGGAGAGUGCGGGUGGUUCAAUGGCGGUAUCCAGAGUGCAGUCAAGUAACAACAAGAGCGACGCCCCGGGAGUCGGUGUCAGGGUCUUCGCGUCGGAACGAGGCGUCACACCGGGAAGUUUCAUACCUUACUGCAGCAUGGCCCAUGCGCAGCUUAGUUUUCAUGGGCACAGAGACGCCGUGAAGAUGUUUGUCGCUGUACCUGGCCAUGGUGGUCAGAGCGCGGUGACGGAUGGAACGCAACCUGCGAUGCUCGUUCUCUCGGGCGGUGAGGGUUACAUCGAUUUCAGAGUUGGUGAUGGAGAGGAUACGGAUGAAACCAUGGACCGAUCGAAUACUACGGUCAGCAACGAAGAACACGGUGAACAGAGUCAUCUGAUUGUGUGGCAAGUGCAAUGUCCCUUACCGAUGCCAAUCAAUGGCUAGCCUAUGGACGGGAUCGACAAGCGUGGCUUGCUGGAUGGUUCAACUUGCAACAUGGCAUUACAUGUGUCGUCGAUGGAUAACCGGAUCAUGGAUUAUUAUCGGAUUAUGGAUAGUGAAUCAUUGAUACUCGAGCGAGCGAUCCUCGUCGCUGCGAACUAAUGUGUGCUACCUACACUUAGAUAUACUAAUAUAACAAUUGUAGCAGAGUUAAUAAUUCCCAAAGUAAUUAUCACGAUUUUUCAUAUUAACAGAGCAGAGACGAUGGUAUCAAAUCAUAUAAAUUUUUUUGAAUCAUGAAUCAGUUAUCGCGCGAUAUUCUUCCAUAGCAGAGGUAUAUUUAUCGUGUGACGUUUCUUGCAUGCAUGCGGGCAGAAAUUUUCGCAGGGUGUAUAAAUUUUAUCGACGCAAAUCAUUGAAAUCAUUUUUAACUCCGUUGUUUAAUCAUCUCUCGCUUUCUUGUUGAGCCGCGCAUUCCUUAACUUAAGCCUGCGUACGUAGGAUCAAAUUGUUUAAGUGACAUGUGCCGAAGGGUUUCUCACGACGAGUGUUCAUUUUUACAAUAUCACGUUUUACGAAUGGCGGGGUGGUAGCGUUAUUUCAACUAACCAUUGUGAUAAUGCGACGACGACAUUACAACGCGGGACGGGAUGAGUUUCGAAGCUGCCGUUGCCACAUUGCUACAAUAUAAAAAAAAAAAAACAUUCGUUCAAAGUACUUCGCGUUAUGUACCUGUCGCAAGAAUAUUUCUCAGUCGCCGUUGUUAUACACGCAGUACGCAGAGGAUGCGGACAGUAUAAGGUGCGUGCAAACUCAGGCAGAUUCCUAGGCGUAAUGUAAUAUUAAUUUUCCGUCGGAGAGUAUAUUAUUUUCCAGACCUAAUCGAUUUUCUUCGCGUACAUCGUGUCGAACAUAAUGAUAAUAUAUAUAUAUACAUAUAUAUAAUUAUUAUAUAUAUUCUUCUCUUCUCUCCCCUCGAGCAUUCAUCGUUAGAUCGUGCUCGGCGAAAUGUAGCGGUUUACACGAUUAUUAGGAGCGACUCGCCAAUGAUGUAAAUAACAAUAAGAUGUUUAUAUAGCGUCGUUAUGUAGAUCUGUUAUUUAAUUUUCUUUUACGGACGAGCAGCAUUAAUUUACAAGUACGUAAGACCUGUAAAAUCCUCUAUUCUUGCAUACUUUAGCUCACCCUCGGUAUGCUACCAAAGAAGUGAAACGACGAUCAGAUGAUGUUGUUUGUAUUAUUUACAACGAGAAUUAUGCUUAGAAGAGGAAUGUUUUGCUCUUUGUCCUUUUUAGCUCUCAGCCGAGCCAACUGAUAUCCGGACUGAAAUGAAAUUUUUGUAAAUUCCCACAAUGAGGCGGCGCGAUUUAGACGGCAAUUUUUAGAUACGUGCGAUAAGAGGGCUGCGCAUUAUCGUGCGAGCCGGCUUUUAAUGUCGAGCUCGGAAUUGUACCUGGCUCAGGUGGCGUUGUAACGGCAUUAAUAAACGAAGUUAUGGAACUUAAU